AUGAAUUCUUCCAAUAUCAUAAGCUUGAAGGAUACUAAAGUAUUUAACCCCAUCAAAGUUGGGAAUAUCGAAUUAUCCCACCGUAUAGCCCUUCCUUCUUUGACAAGACUUAGAGCCAGUGUUGAUAACAUUCCAUCCGAUUUAAAUUUGAAGUACUAUGAUGACCGAUCCCAAACUCCAGGAACUUUGGUCAUGACCGAAGGGUUGGUUGUUUCACCGGAAUUAGGUACUAUUAGACACGUCGCAGGUAUUUUCUCCGAUAAACAAGUUGAAGCGUGGAAGAGAAUCACUGAUAAAGUCCAUGAAAACGGAUCGUUCAUUGGAGCACAGUUGGUUGCUUUUGGUAGACUGUCUGAAGCAUCAUAUAUGAAAGAAUUAGGUUAUGAUAUGUUAGGUGUUAUGGCAGAACAUAUUGAUUCACAGACCCAGAAGUAUGCUGAGGAUGCUGGAGAGAGUAUCAGACAAAUCACUGAGGAAGAAAUCAAGGAAAUUUUAUUGAGAGAUUUCAUAAGAGCCUCUCAAAAUUCAUUUGAUGCUGGGUUUGAUUUUGUUGAAAUUCAUGCUUGUAGUGGAUAUUUCCUCGACACUUUCUUGCAGUCAUCAUCCAACAGAAGAACCGACAAAUAUGGAGGGUCGAUUGAAAACCGUGCCCGACUCAUUCUUGAAGUAGUCGAUAUUUUGGUUGCAAAAUUUGGAGCUUCCAAAUUGGCUUUGAGAAUUUCACCUUGGAACUAUUAUCAAGAGAUGAAGGGUGAAUUCGAUGAUUGUCAUCCUUAUGCCCAGUUUAGUUAUUUGUUGAAGGAGCUUCAAAAAAGAGCUGAAUCUGGGAACGAACUCGCAUGGAUCUCAACAGUCGAACCAAGAGUUAGUGGAAGUGAAGAUUCAGCUGUCAAAUCUUCGGUUUCAAACAACUUUAUGUAUGACAUUUGGAAAGGUAAAAUCUUCAGAUCCGGGGGUUAUGGCUACUCAGCCCCAGAUUUUGAAACAGUUUUGAACCAUGUAGAUAACGACAGAACUAUUCUCGGUUUCGGAAGAUUGUUCACUUCCAAUCCUGAUUUGGUUGACAGAUUGAAAAACGGUUGGGAUUUGUCUAUCUAUGAUAGAGACACCUUCUAUCUUUAUGUGAAUUGGGGAUACAACACCUUCAACAAAUAUGGUGAGGACAUCAAAUUCUCAGAAGAACAGGAAAUGGCUAGAACUCCAAAAGCUUUGGUUUAG